GAAGAGUGCUGCCUCCUAUGGCUGAUGCCAGCACACAGGUCACGACUCAAUCUGAAAUCAUCAACUUCACCAGCAACAGCACUGCGUCUACAGCAGUGCAGGUAGCCACUGUGAUGAAGUGGUUGACAUUCGGCAUCGGGUUGCCUGUCCUCGUCCUGGCCCUUUAUGCCCUCAAGAACCUCUCCAAAGGUGAGAGCAAGGUUCCCAUGCACAUCAUGUUCCUCCUGGUGUCGGACAUCAUCAGCUUCUUCAGUCAUCCCUCUGUGGAUCAUAGCAUGGAAGCUGACCCGGUCUUCUCCAGCAAUGGCACAGACAUCAUCUUUUACUUUGGGAUCAUUUCCAACAUCUCCCUCAUGCUGUUCAUAGCCCAGGAGCGCCAUCUGCUGGUGGCCUACCCACAGUGUCUUGGCUGUUACACCAGUAUCAAACAGUCACCUGCAGUGACCUUCCUGGCAUGGGCCAGUCCUUUCGCCAUGCUCACCCUCGCCUUGCUAGGCUACAACCUGUGGUUUGCCGUCUCUCUGCUCGUUCCUUUUCCCGUCCUCCUUUUUUUCGCUGUGGAUUCCUGGCGGGCGCUACACUGCUCCCGAUCCAACCCGCCAAGCCCAGAGAAGAGGAGGACAGUGUUUGGCAUCGGAGCAAUCUGGGCCAACUACACUUUCCUUUAUGCCCCCUUUAUCCUCAGCAUCCUCUUGGAGGCUCUGUCCUUCAAGGAUAAAGUCCCCUACCUGGUGCAGGUGUCUCACCUGCUUCUCUACCUCAGCCCGCUGGUAGACCCCUUCCUUUAUAUCUUCAUGACCAAGGGUCCAAAAGAGGUACUGCGAGCUCUACCCUGCUGUCAAAAAUUACAAAAGAAAGAAAACACGACACCCACAGUAGAAACUGUGGCUGAAACUAUAGAAACAAGACUUUGAAGACAUGUAUGUUCAGUAUCUCUACAUUGUGAGCAUCCUGUUCUCUCAGUGGGAUGAAUUAACCCCCUGUUGGACUUCUUUAAUUAACAAAUAAAAUUUAAUGGAAAAUAAUUCUAUGCAUUUUUAGGACUAAAGAUGCUAUUCAUUGCAAAAUAUGCUCAGAAAUUGAGCAAUGGGAACAAAAUCAGUUUCAAUAAAUCUACUUUGAUAGCACCUGCUUUGUUGAUGUGAGAAAUAUUUAUCUCCAGAUGAACCUCAAAUUAGGAGUAAAAACUAUUGACCUACUGUGGAUUCUUGCUGGAACCGGACUCGGACUGAAUGUCUUUUACAAUCUUUAACCAAUUUUUCUGCUUGUUGACAAUGAAGACUCAACACGUUCAUUAGCCAGAUUCUCCUUAUUCAGAGUUUCAGUGUCAGGCGAAUGCUGCAGAUUUGGUUUCUAAUCAUUCUUUAUCCUUCCUGUGUUUUUUUUUCUUUAUCCUGUGAUUCUCGUCUACGGUCAGAUUGAGAAGAAGUGAAGUAAGAACCUAGCAAAAUGUUUCUAUAAGUCUGACUAGACAUAAACUACAUUGCCAAAAGCCUUCGGUCAUUCCUUCUGAUCAGCGAAUUCAGGCUUGGAACACUUACCUGUUUCAGGCUAAUUUACAAAAGGCAAAGCUAAAGGUUUAGUCUCAUUCAAAUAUAUCAGGAUAAAUUUGGCAAGAUAUGAACAGUUACAUUAGCAGGAAGGAUUCUUGUACCCAUAUUACACCAAUUGUCAACAACAAAGACUUCCUCCCAGGAGUGAAUUCAGCAGUAUUUGGAAACUGGCAUAAAAAAGGUAUCAAAAUAAUAUCAGAUCUAUUUGACAAUUAUAAUACAUUGAUAGAUAGCCUUUGCCCAGCUUCAAAAUAAAUCCUCUCAUCCAAGGAUUUCUAUGUUACAAAUUCGUCACUUUGUAGCAUCUGGUAUUAGGGUGCCGUAGGACCCUUACAUGCUUCCAGGGCCAAUAGAAAAAUUCCUUAUCAAGUUUACUUUAAAUAAAAGGUUUUAUUCCAAGAUUUUAUGUUUUACAAUGAAGUGCUCAUAAUGAUGUUGGGAAUGUCUUCAGACAUUGGGAGGAGGAUCUAGGGAAAUAGGUUUAUGGGAAAUAGGUUUGGGAGAACUGCUUUAAAUUAUCCCAUUCUUUGUUUUUGAGUAAUAAUUUUAAAGAAAUUCAAUAGAUGAAUAGAUCUAGAUCAAUAGAUGAAUACAUAGACAGCACAGGAUUCCAUAUUUUCUUAAUAAAAUAAAUUCCAAUUGAUCACCAUUGUGUCCCAAAAGUAGGACAAGGACAAGAACUUAUUUUCAUCUUUUCUGGGAAUGCCCUUCUAUAUCUAGGUUCUGGAAAUGUGUAACUAACUC